UGAAAUUCAAUUCAAUGAAAAUUAUGUGUUGCAAUGUAAUAAAUUAUUUAAUAAAAUCACAAUUAUAUUGCAAUCUAUGAGUGCAACAGUGACUGAAAUAUUGGGUGUUCAAUGUGUAAGAGUGAGACGGGUUUUUACUUAAAAGUAUCUUCUUGAUUAAAGAUUGUAAGCGAUUAACACCACAUGGGUAAAAAAACGACUAAGCGUAAAACUAGAUGGCGUACCCUCUCCAUUGGUGAGGUACCAAGUGAUACAGAAGAGGAAACUCAUGAAAAUCACACAACACCAAAUUAUUAUAAAAAUGUAAAAUUACGUAGUUUUAAAACGCCUACACCAACAUCAGAUAACAAUUCAACACGUUCAACAUUUAAUAAUUAUUCAUAUCGAUGUAACAGUGGUGGUAGCAAUAACAGUUCUUCAUACUAUUAUAAUCAUUCAACAACACAUAACGGUACAUCAACACCAUCAAACACCACCAAUCACCAUCACUAUCAACGGGAGCCAUCAUCAUAUGGUGCUGGUGCACACUAUCAACGAACAUCAUCAGAUUAUACAUCAUCGUUCCAUCAUAAUCUACGAAAUGGUGGCAGCGGUUCAUCGACAUCUACGGGAGGUGGUGGUGUAGCGGCGAGCACAAGUCAAUCAAGUCAUUCAACACCCAUACGCAGUCGUUAUCAUCGUAAUCAUGGUUAUAAUGGUACUGGUGAUAAGUAUAAGAGUUCACGGUCGAACAGCACUGCAAGCGAACCAAAAAUUACGUUUAACGAAGAUGAAUAUACGCGAAUAACGACACCACGGCAGGAUGUGUUAUUUAAAAAAGGAUAUUUGAGUAAAAAAAAACCACUCACAGUUGUAUCUGGUGAUACAGCGCAAAAUCACCACGAUAGCAAUGGUUUAAUGGCAAAUGGUGGUACGGGACAACAUCAUAUGAAUGGACAUAGUGGCGGUAUUAUUAACAACGGUGGCGGCGGAAGUUGUGGAGAAUCCAAUCCUUCGACAGGAUAUAAUUCAACAACUGGAGGUGGUACACCCGAACAUCAUUCAUUAGAUGGUGGCGAUUAUUACGACACAGAUAUUGACCAACAUCAACCUCCGUUUAUAAUUCACAACGGGUUUGUUGAUCACAAUGGUGUCUUCUAUGUAAAUGGUUAUGAUCCAUUUUCAAUGAUGCUGAUUGGUCCACCUCCACCGCCACCCCCUGGACAAUUCAUUCAUCCGGUUGAUUUCUAUCCACCACCACCGCCAUCAGUAUCAGGAGUGCCAUGUUUUCCACAAAUCACUCCGUCCACAUCAAUUAAUAAUCAAAACGAUAGUACAACAUCAAAUAGUAGUAAACGAUGUUCCACUGAUUCACAGGCUGAUGAAUCAAAUAGUCCACACAACGAAAAUGAAUCUUCUGGUGAAACAAAUAAUUUUGCGUCGUCCGAACAAAGUCAAUCCUCGUCAUUAGACAAUAAUUUAGAUCAACAAUCUUCAGAUAAUCAGACCAAUAAUUUAACACCGACAAAUACUGAUUCCGGUGUACAAAUUAUAGACGAUAAUAACACUACGGACGAUUGUGCAAAAUCAAAUCCAGACGAUGGUAGCAGUGACUCAGUAGAACCAAUCACAAAUAGUUCUUCAACGCAAUCACAAACGACAACAAUAUCAUCCACAUCUGUUCCCAUCGUAGAGGAAGAUGUUAUCGUACCAACGAAUGAUGGUUUAGUUGAAACACCACCAGCGCCUAUAUUACCAAUGCAACAAUCGAAUAGUUUUGUUGCUCCAAGAAUAUAUCCAAUACCAGCAACACCCACACAUUUCUUUUUGACUGCAGGUCCACCACCAACUGGUUUUAUACCAUUUCCACCACCAACGGCUGUUCCAGGCCAACCUAUUUAUAUAAACGAUAUCAACAUCCAACCUUCAAGUGCAUUGAAUCUAGGAAUUGUUGAUCCAUCGAAACAGCGUUAUAUUCAGAAACGAAGGAGACGAAAACUUUCUAAAUCGCAGAACGAUAUAGAGAAAAAAUAUUCGGAUAAUUCGGGAUCUUCUACUUCAGACGAAUUCGAACCCGAAGAACUUAGUUUAGAAAAACAUUCAGCAUCCUUAGAUGAUACCGCGAAUGAUAAAACGCCUACUAUAGAAAUGUAUUCCGUAAUAGAUGAUAUAUCAAACGAAACUAAAGACAAACAAUUACCAUCACCCCGAUGUACACCACCUCCUCUCGUAAAUGGCGAUAGUGUAAUCACAAACGAUUCAAAAGAAACACAAAAAUCGUUAUCAACCGUAUACAAAUUAGACGCCGAAGAAUUUGUACCACGAUCAAUGCGAUUGCAGCAAACAGCAUCCACGUCGAUUGACGAAAAAUCAAUAAAUCCUGAAUUACGUGCCAAAUUUGAAAAUUAUUUGAAUCGUCAAAGUACAAAUAUUAGUGAUGAACAAAAUGGUUACAUGGUUGGUGAGUUUAUACCAAGUGAUUUUAUUUUUCAUCAUCCUGGAGAAAUACACCAUCAUUAUCAAUUAGAGCAACAAUUAAUUGGCACAAGUUAUCCAUCGUCGCAAGCACCACCACAAGCAUCGAAACAUUUUAUUCAUCAUAAUCAAUUUUUACCGCCACGAAGGCAAUUUGUAAAUGGUUACAACAAAAAGAGACAAAAAUAUAUAAAACCUAAUCAUUAUUAUAAAUCCAAUUAUAAAAAUUAUUCACAUGAUCAACAACAGCAAUCAACAUCUACGAAAGUAGAACACGACGAUGAUAAUAAAGCAGACGACUGUAAACCCCAAUCGAUGACUGAAACACAUGUAAAUACAGAAACAAAUGAAUCAGCAUCACUGCCUAUAGAAAAGACAAUUACUGAUAAUGAUGAGGAUGUAACGAAAGAUUUAGUAUUGAGUAAAGUGGAUUCAAAAGAAAAUGUCGAACCUAAACUAGAAGUUACAGCAUCAAAUGAUGAAACAAACAAAUCACUUGAAGUUGUUGUUGUGACGCCUAGUGAAAAUAAAAGUAUAAAUGAAAUACAAAAGAAGAAUGAAUCACACCCAUCAAUAACCUGCGCAAAUCAGGAUGAAAAAAUUACCAAAACUGAAACAUUUGAUAAAUCUGUGAUGACAGUAAUCGAUGAUAAACCCAACGUAACGUCAACUGACGUUAAAGAACAACAAAUAACACCGUCAUCGCCAAUUCGAAUACAUAAACCGUUACAGAAAAUCGAGAAUAACUCACCGACAGUGUUAAAAGUUAGUAGUAAGAAUUAUGCACAAAUCCUUCGAAAAGAUGAUAAAAUGACCACGUCUAUACAACAAUCAAAAACAAUAAGAAAAGAUAAUUUAACAGCGACUAAAACUUCACCAGUAUCAUCGAAAAUUCAAAAUAAAACUAAAACUGUACAGCAACCUAUAAGACAACUGUUAAAAAGUUCACCCCAAAAUGUACAAAAAUCAACAACAAAUAAAAUACAAAUUGAACCUGUACAUAGACCAAAAGUUCCGCUUGUUAAUUCAUUACCGGAAGAUAAUGAAUGGAUAUCGGUGCCAAGUCGAAAGAAAGGUAAAGUAAAGAGUUAUCAACAAAUUCCGUUAUCGAUGUCUUUGCAUGAAAAUUACUUGACACCAGAGUUAAUUGACAAAGUAGAAAAAGUAAGUGAGCCAAAAGUAGAAAAGACAGAACCAAUUGUAAAUACAACAGAAGAAACUGUAAAGACAGAAGAAAUUUUAGACAGUUCAGCAUCAACAGAAACUGUAGUUGCUUCAAAUAAAUCAGUAUCACCAGCAGUACAAAUAAAAAAUACUAAAAAACCUGUGGUUAAUAAACUUUCACAUACACCUAAAAAUUCAGUCAAGAAGACAAAAAUAAACGACUCUGUUAUUAAAUCUGACAAACAAAUUGAGAAAAUAAAAACCCCCAUUGAAAAUGUAAUAAGUAAACAGGAAACGGUGAUGCCACAACAAUCUACAACACCACCAGAUGUAUCUAAGAAACAAAAGGGUAAAUCAUUAAAGAAACAAGUAAUUAAAGAAAAUAAUCCAUCAACUAAUCAAAAUACAGCAAUUGGUGAAAGUAUAGACAAUUUACGUAAAAUGUCUACCGAACAUUCAAAAACCAAUAUUGAAAUAUCAAAAGAAAUGGAUCGAUUAAUACAACAAGGGUUAUAUAAAAAUUUAGGCAAUACAAUUAAAUCAUUAGGACAUGAUAAAGAAUUUUUAUCAAUAAUUGAUCCAAAUAUCAAUAUAUUACCAAAAAUGAUGUUUGACCCACAAUUGAAAAUGAAAGGACAAAAUGAGAAUUUAUUAGAAUUGAAUAUAAUGGAAACAUUAAAUGAAUGUCAACGAUAUUUUGCAAAUAAAAAUAUCAAAGAUGUGAUGUUUGAUUCCUCAUCAUCAACAAAAGAUGUUAAAAACCAGACUGUUCAAGAUGAGGAGACAAAUAGCAAUAUUGCUAGUGUUGUUGGUUCAUCUGUGACGUCAGACGAUGGAAAUGUUCAAAUAUGUGAUAGUGUUGAGACAAAUAAUAAAGCAUCUCAAAUAAGCAAUAUAAGUGCCUCCAUUCCAUCAACAUCAAGGGUCGAUGAAACACGGGAUGAACAAGUUGAGAAAUUAUCCACCACUCCAAAUGGUGUUUUGAUUACAGCUACAUCAUCAUCUUCUGAUAAGAAUAUUGAUGAAAAAACAGGUAAGAAUGUGCCAAUUAUCAUAGAAAAUAAUACAAACGAAGCAGAUUUAUCUGAUAACGAUGAUACACUGUUAUCAUUUAAGUUUGAUUCCAAUGAGAACAUAUCUGUAAUUACUGAAGAACCACAUGCUAGUGUAAAUAACGAAGAUAUCGAAGAACUAGAAUUAGAUGAGAACACAUCAAUAAAGCAUUCACCAGAUCCAGAUUCGUGGUCCAGUCAUACAAAUUUAACAACAACAAGUACUGAAUUCACUUCGAAUAAAUUAUCAACAAUGUCACAACAACACAAAUCACUAACAGAGGUUGUUAAAGAGUGGUUAACAGAAGCACAAGAGAAAUCACCAAAUGUAUUUAAAUCACCUGAAAAAAUAUAUCGUGAAAAAAGUGCACCACCAAAAUUAUAUCAUCAAUACAAUAAUGAUUCAGAUAGUUAUGAUUCUGAACCGGAAGUUGGUAAAAGUAACGAACAAGAACAAGAAACGUCAAAAAACGUAAAAGGCAACCCCCUAUUUGUCGCAUCUGCUAAUACUAAUCAAAAAUCAUCAUUGCAUCAUUCAUUUUUAUCAUUAAUUGAACCACUAAUAACAAGUAAUGGAUAUUCAGUAUCUGCAUCUGUAUCGGGUGCAGCUAUUGGUGAAGAUGCACUGUUAGCAAAUAGGAGGGUUGCUAUUGAUACAAAUAAAACAGAUUUUAAAACAAUAGCAAAACGACGUAUCAAAGAAAAUGUAGCAGUAUUUGCACGUGAAUUAGUAAAUACUGUAAAUCCAGUCGUUGAUGGUAUGAAUAUAGAAACUGAAGAUGAUGAAGAUAAAUUGAAAUCUAAUACAAAUUAUUGUUGUGAAGUCAAUGAACAUACGGAUUUAAAUAACGAACAAGGUGAAAUAAAGAAUAAAUUAACUACGGCUGGUAUGCAAUUUACAAUAAAAGGUGCUUUUGUACGUGAUGUAGGUAUAAUAAAAAGAACCGUCAGCGAAAAUGGUGCUAUUUUUAAUAAUCCAACUACUUCUAUUGUAAAUAACACUUUCAAUUCAGAUGUAAAUAGUUAUGUAAAUAAAUCAAAAUCAAAAUCAUGUAUAGAUAUGAAAUUAUUGUUUGUUGAAAAUGAGAAACAAAUCAAUAAUCAUUCAUCGUUACCAUCAACACGUGAAGGUUCACAAGAACAGCAGCAAUAUUGGGAGGAAGAUCCAUCAUGUUGGAUCCGCGAUGAUGAAGAUAUUGGAAUUGAGUCAAUAACAUUGUUAAAUAAUGAAAAACCGUUAAUAAAAAAUGGCGGUACAAAAAUUUGUAUCAAAAAUAAUUUAACAAAUUGUGAUGAACAGAAUAUUUAUAAUAAAAAAGAAUUAAAUAAUAAAAAAAAAGAUAAUAAAAUAGAAAAUGAAGAUGACGAUAUAAUUGAAACGUAUGAAUCAAUGUAUGGUAAAAAUUUAGACUAUUUAGAAAUACGACAGAAAGUUUUAAACGAAUGCGAACAAAAGUCAUCGACAUCAUCAUCCCAACCUCAACCACGGGUUCUCAAUGCAGAUCCACCAUGUGUGCUUGGUCAACGCGGAGCUGUAUGUUGUAGCAUACAGUAAAACAUAAUCUCAAAAAUUAUUGACGUUUGCUCAUUAAAAUGUUUCGAGAUUUGUUGUUGUUAUGUGUUAACAUUAUAUUCAGAUUUUACGACUUACCAUAAAUUUGUGUCUUACCUUCACAAAUUUGUUCUUAAGAGUACCUCCCUCUUUAAAUGUGUAUAGCCUGUUCAUCGUAUCAAAAACAUUAUUUUUAAAUCAAUUUUUUUUCGAAAUUAAAUCCUGAAAUUAAUAGGACCUACAUAAACUACACUCUGCAAUGAAUAAAUCUAAUCUUAAGUUUAGGAUUUAAUUCCUUUAUUUUGUAUAGUUUAUUUCGCUUUAGAUGUGUAAACGAAAUAUAGAUCAAUCAGAUACACAAUUUUAAAAAAAUUACAAAACACAAACAUGACAAGUAAUUUAUUAAAACAAACAUGGCUGCCGUUUUUAAAUAAGAUAAUGAAAAUUUACGUUUUUUGUCUGUUUUAUUUUAAAAUGGGAAAAAGUGAAGUGCAUCUAUUUACCUCAUAUGUUUAGCUAUACAGGGUAUUAACUCGUUGUCGAUUCAAUUAUUUUUAGUCUCGAUAUCUGACAACAACACUGACGUACGUAUGCAUAAUCAAAGUUAAUACGUCCCUGUAUAUUAAAUAAAUCGUUAUUCAUCAAAAUAUAUACCUGGCUGUAUUAGAAUAAUUAUUUUUAAGGAUUAAACUAAUAAUUAAGUCGUAAUAGGUAUAACCAUAUAAAUAAAAAUUUAAAAAUCUGUUAAGGACUCUUUUAAAGAAUCUUCAAUCGCUCUGACAUAAAUUAAUGGUCCUAGAAGUCUCGAUACUUAAAAUUAAAACACUUUUUUUGUGUCGAAAUUCGGCUUGAUUAUUCUUUAAAGUUUCUAGAGCGAACUAAUCUUUAUGACGCCACUCUUAACAUUUCUGUGCCUUUACAAACGAUUUAUCCAACUUUUCAAAAUAGGCUUCAGUUUUGGGGACUAUCUCCUCAAAAUAAGCUUCAGUUUUAAUAACCAUCUCUUUAUUGAAGCCAUAUCUCUUCUUUGCACGUCUUUUUUGACAUUUACCUACAAGUAAUAGUCGCUGGGAGCUUAAUCUGUAAUUAUGGAAGCGGAAGCAAUUCGAAGUGAAUUCAUACAAGUUUGUAAUUUUACUGGUCGACUUUGGCAACGUUGCAUUGUCUUGGUGAGAGGGCUGUCUUUUCGAUUUAUGACUGGCAUUUUGUGAUUACAUUAUGCAAACGAACAUACAUUACCAUAUUACUAUUCGCUAUGCAAGUCGAAUGUUAACUUUUUGAUCGCUAUGGUAGUCUUGUAUCCUUCACUGUCCAUUCAGUUCUGACUCGGCGUAUAGUGGUAUAUUAUUGUUUCAUCCAUAUCAUACACCCCGUAAAAUUGUUAUCUUUAUUUUGAUUAAAUAGCUCCGAAUGGUGUUGUCAAUUAUUAACAUGCUGUUUUUGGUUAACUAUGAGCAAAUAUGGUACACACUUCGAACAGAUCCUCCGAAUAUAAACUACAAUAUUCUUGCAAAUUACAACAGAAACGGUCUAUUGAUAUGAUGCCAACUAUUUUACGCACCUUUACUAUGUGGUUAUUUCGAUUUUGCAGAUUUUUUAAUGCUUCACUGCGCAACAGUCAUUUGAACGCUAAUAGCAUUUCGUACACUGCGCAACAGUCAUUUGAACACUAACAUCAUUUCGUAUCAUUUGUAUCCAGAACAGUUCAGUUGCGAUCAACAAAUUGUUAUUCUCAUCGGAGUAUAGAACAUAUUGCAGUGCGUUCUAAAAUAUUAUCAAACGUUGAUCUGUACUCGUAAACAUACGUUUGGAUAUGAUAUUGGAAUAGCCCUCUAUAUACCAGUCUCCGAAUCUUUCGAAUCAUCUAUCAAUUAUGAAGUAAUGAUGAUUCCACUGGUAUAAAUUAUUAAAGGCACAUUAAUUUAAUACAUUGUCUGUUUAUGAUUAUUAAGAGUUAUUCGUAUACAUCUGGGUAUAUAAAAAAACUCAUUGAA